UUUGCUAGAUCGCGGAAGAGAGAGAAAGAGAAAGGACACUCCUUUGACUCUCUUCCCCUUCUUUCCCUUGUGAAGGCGAAAGCCUCCCUCUCUUUUUGAGAUUUCGAUCGGUUUCUGUCCGAUUUCGUCGGCGCGUUCUUCGCUAAGGGACGAACCGAAUCGGAACCGGAUCGAAUCUCUGUCCCGUCGUGUCCAGUUUCGAUCGGAGGAUGUCGUACGCUUACCUCUUCAAGUACAUCAUCAUUGGCGAUACAGGAGUUGGAAAAUCAUGUCUUCUUCUUCAAUUCACCGACAAGAGGUUCCAGCCGGUGCAUGACUUGACAAUUGGUGUUGAAUUCGGGGCCAGGAUGAUCACCAUUGACAACAAGCCAAUCAAGCUUCAGAUUUGGGACACGGCUGGUCAAGAAUCCUUCAGAUCCAUCACUAGGUCUUACUACAGAGGAGCUGCUGGUGCAUUGCUUGUUUAUGAUAUUACAAGGAGAGAGACUUUUAAUCAUCUGGCUAGCUGGCUAGAAGACGCAAGACAGCAUGCAAACGCAAACAUGACUAUUAUGCUCAUUGGCAAUAAGUGUGAUCUUGCUCAUAGAAGAGCUGUAAGCACAGAGGAAGGGGAGCAGUUUGCAAAGGAGCAUGGUUUAAUCUUCAUGGAGGCUUCUGCAAAGACUGCUCAGAAUGUGGAAGAGGCAUUUAUCAAGACAGCGGCAACUAUAUACAAGAAAAUUCAGGAUGGAGUAUUUGAUGUGUCGAAUGAGUCUUACGGAAUAAAAGUGGGAUACGGUGGAAUUCCUGGUCCGUCAGGAGGCAGAGAUGGCGGUGCUUCUCAAUCAGGAGGAUGUUGCAGCUAGACCUGAAGUGGAUCUUCACUUCCCUCAAGAUACUUUGACUUUGCUUUAUCUCUUAUUUGCAGUCUGAAUUGUGAGUUAUUAUUUGUAAGUGAAAAAAUUCUACACUUGACAUGCCUGGACUUCUUUUGGUGAUCUUGAUUGUAAAGUCAGCAGUGUGUUCAGUUUCAUCUGUAAGUGGUCUGGGAACAAUCACAAGUUGUUGGAAUACAAGGAAAAGAGGCCAUUCUUUUUGU